UACUCGUGAACUCACAAGUGAUGUGCAUGUAAUACUGUGUAAAAUGUUGCAGAACAGGGCAAUAAUCCUAGUGGUUCUCCUUGGACUAAUCUUCGAGUGUUGGGGACAGUGGUGUGAUAUACCUGAAGUAGAAUACGUUUGGGAAAAACGAAAAGUUAAUGUAAUAAAAUAUCGUGAUAAAUGGGUGAAGUGUCAUUGGUUUAGUGUGAACAGAUCUUGCAAAAAACGAGAACAAUAUCCUGAUACAGAAUGGAAGGACGAGUUGGUGAGGAAAGUAGUCACCAAGCGGGUUUGCUGUGCGGGAUAUUCUGAGGAAUUGGGGGAGUGUGUUCCAAUUUGUGAGAAUUCCUGCAUAAAUUCAAGAUGUGUGGCUCCAAAUACAUGCCAAUGCAACAUUGGGUAUAAAAUCUUCUCAAAAGAAGCCACAAACAAGUGCAUUCCAUAUUGCGAUGAAUGCGACUUUGGGACAUGCAUUGCACCAAAUGUCUGCAAAUGUGCGUCAGGAUACAAAAAGCAAUGGAGCUUUGCAAAACAUAAAGAUUUAUGUGUUCCAUUUUGCGAAGACGAUUGUCCCCGAAGGAGUGUUUGCAGUCAACCAAAUAUAUGCAAAUGCCUUGAACCCUUUAUGGAAGUUAAUUUUUUGGGAGAAAUGCUAUGUCUUGCUGAGGGAGAAACCUUGGAACCACCUACAACAACCACAGAGGCAACAACCACGACAACCACGGAGGUAAUAACAACGACAACCACGGAGGAAAUAACAACGACAACCACUGAGCCAUCAACAUCAACUUUGACUUCAACGACAACACCUGUAAUUGAAGAGACAACUACACUUUCUUCAUCCACCUUAAGAACUACGGAUUUCUCGAAUGACUCAACAGAUUAUUCUGAUAUCGAAGAAGUUCCCGAAGAAGAUCUCGAGAAUUCAACACUUUCCGCUCAAUUAAAUGAUGCAGAAAACGACCUGGAAAAUGUGUCUGAUGAUAUUCCAAGUUCUUCUACGAUAAACGCACAUGUCUUAGACGUUUUUGAAGAAUCCGUAGAGUCGGAUGGCAAUGGAACGUUAAACAAUGUUUUUGGAAUGGUCUGGUAUAUUGUCCUCGCCAUUGCGAUAAUCCUUUUCAUAAUAAUUGCUCUUAAAAUUUACAUAGCAAUGCAAACGAAACACUACAAAAUUCCUAAUGAAUUGCCCGAAGUACAUUAUACAAAUUCGAAAGUUUAAAUUAUAGUUUUAAGGAAAAUCGAGGUUCAGCAAUCAUUCUUGGAUAUGUUUUGUUAACGAAGAUUAUUAUAAAUAAAUGUGACAAAUACAUAUAAA